UUUAGCAUAAGAGAAAAGUUUGACGAACGGCUUUCCUCAAAAUUUUCAUCUGAAUUUAAUUCAGAAGAUCAAAUUAUCGAACAGAAAUUUAUAGGU